AUGACUGAUGAGAAUGACAAGACCAAGACCAGCGACAAGACAGACAAGCAGGAAAAAGACAGACAAGGAAGAGUAGCAAGUCAAGUCUCAGUGCUUAGUCGUGUCUCCCCUCCGAUGAUGUCUGCCUUGGAGAUGUCUCUGGAGGAGAUCAACUCACACAUUAAGUUUGUUCUCCUAAUUUUCUUCCUGACCAGCGUAGUAGGGGUGUUCAACGCCUGGCACAUUUUAGUUUCCAAUUUCUACGCCUUUGUACCGCCACACUGGUGUGCAGUUCCAGAGCUUGAGGCGGCUGGUUGGACAGCCGAACAGAUUCAGAGUGUUUCUGCUGUCAAUAACACUGAAGGACCAAGCUGUUAUUUGAUUGGAUGGAACUAUUCUUUAUUUGUAAAUUUGGGAUACCAACAUACUCUAGCCUUCAUUGGUAACACUACAUUGCUUCCCGACAAAAGACAAUGCCAUCAGUUCUCUUAUGAUGAAGUUGUCCCCUACUCAACUGUCGUUAGUGAGUGGGAUUUAGUCUGUGACAGGAAAGUUCAAAAGUCAAAUGUCCAAGGCUCUAUUGCAUUUGGAAAAUUAAUUGGAGGACUUGUCACUGGAUUCCUAGCAGAUAUGUACGGCAGGAAACCUGUGUUCAUUGCCUGUUGUAUCAUCUACUUCAUAUCAGGGGUUGGGGCAGCUUUGACGGAUACAUUUUGGAUCUUCUUGAUUGCCAGAUUUUUCGCCGGAGUGGCUGGUGCAGGGUGUUAUGAAAGUGGUUUCACACUAUUGUCAGAAUUUGUAAGCAAGAAGCAUCGUGCUACAUUGGGAUGCUUGUUCAACAUGGGCUACCCUAUCGGCCACAUCACGCUGCCGGGCCUUUCAAUGAUCUUUUUAAACUGGAAGCACCUUCAGAUGGCUAUAUCUCUUCCUUUGAUUAUAUUUAUUUUACAUUUCUGGUAUUUACCCGAAUCUCCAAGAUGGCUUCUUGUCCACAAGAAAUCAGAGAAAGCUUGGAAAGUAAUAAAAAGAUACAGUAAGAACUACGAGGAUCAUUUGCCGGUUGCUCUAAAAGAAGCUAUUGGCCUUUGCCAGCCAGCCACCAGUGGAUUGGAUUCACUCUUGCAAGACAUAGACGAAUUUAUCCCUGGAUUUAGUGGUCAAGUAAGACAAGCAGCAGGAUCAGGCAUCUCGGAGGUUAAAAGUUCAACCUCAAGGUUCAAGGUUCAAGGUUCAAAUUCUGCUGUUGAAGUGGACAACAUCUCCAUUGCAGACAAAUUGAUGAGCGACUUAAAGGGAAUCUUUUUGCUCUUCUCCACGGUUGAGCUUUGUAAAAGGAUCACAAUUACUAUCUUUAGCUUCAUAGUGGCAUCCUUGGUUUACUAUGUGUUAGCUUUGAACGCCAACAACUUUAAGCUGGACCAACACAUGUACACGUUUGUCGCUGGUUGGGUCGGGAUACCAGGGUAUGUUUUUCCCCUUCUCAUCAUGCUUUGCAUGGGCCGCAAAGGUGCUUCAUCCUUACUGUUCCUUUCAUCAGGAUUGUCUUUAAUGAUCAUCGCUGCUAUUCCUAGAAGCCAUACGUAUGCCAUUCUAAUCUUAGCUAUGAUAGGAAGGUUCACAAAUGUUGCUGUAUUUGGCCUUAUUACAGUCUACUGUGCUGAACUAUUUCCAACAAUUGUGAGAAACUCUGCCAUCGGUGUUUCACUUGCAAUGUCUCAGCUGGGGUCAAUGUAUGCUCCAUACGUUGUAGAUUUACUGGGACCCUACGGGUGGCAUUUGCCUAGCACUAUAUGUGGAGUAGCUACCUUUCUUGCAGCAUUGCUGAUUCUUUUGUUGCCAGAAACCAAAGGAAAGGCAUUCUUGAAUACUGUAGAUGAUGUGAAGGAAAGACCUGAUAAAGUAUCUUUCAGAAAUUGCUGCAGGUUUUCAUAGUUUUUUUUUUUUUGUAAUCUUCCAAAUUAUGGAGUCACUGUCAAAAUAAUUUCAUACCACACAACAGCUGAUGUCUUUCAUUGCAGAUAUUCUGAACUUUUAAUAAUUGUAUAUUUUUUCUAUUAGACAGUGAAAUAAUUACUUACUCCCUUGGCCGUAAUGAUUUCAAUAUAACAUAUUUUUUUAUAAAUAUAUCCAACCAAAUGA